UCCUCAGGCACCCCUCCCCGGAGCCGCUGGAGGAAGCUGAGCUGUUUGAGGUUUGAGGGCAGAGCUCAGCCGUGAAGCAGUUGUAGAGGACCCAGGAUUCCCACUUGGACAACUCUCCUUGGCUGCUGCUGCCUGCCCACUCCUCACCCAGCUGAGAGGCCAUCACCGUCCCGGGUUCCAGAGGCUGAGCCGGUGGGGGUCAGCCCAGCUGUUUCCAAACAGGAUCAUGACCUGUUAGAGGGCCAGCAAAUGAUUUCAGUAGCUCAUGACCUGCAUUCAGAAAAACGAAACAGAAUAGCCACGAUCGGAGUGCAUCGCCAAGGGUAGAGCUCACUGACCACGAUGAGGCCCGGCCUCUGACACAGCCUGAACCACAUCCUGUGAACAACAUGGCAGCAGAGAGACAGGCCCCAUGAGCGGUGAGGCCCCUUCCGGCCCGAAGAUGGGGAACAUCACAGCACACAACUCCUCGAUGAACUGCACCAUCGACCACACCAUCCACCAGACACUGGCCCCGGUGGUCUACGUCACAGUGCUGGUGGUGGGCUUCCCCGCCAACUGCCUGUCUCUCUACUUCGGCUACCUGCAGAUCAAGGCCCGGAACGAGCUGGGCGUGUACCUGUGCAACCUGACGGUGGCUGACCUCCUCUACAUCUGCUCGCUGCCCUUCUGGCUGCAGUACGUGCUGCAGCACGACAACUGGCUGUACGGCGACCUGUCCUGCCAGGUGUGCGGCAUCCUCCUCUACGAGAACAUCUACAUCAGCGUGGGCUUCCUCUGCUGCAUCUCCAUCGACCGCUACCUGGCCGUGGCCCACCCCUUCCGCUUCCACAAGGUCCGCACCCUGAAGGCGGCCGUCGGCGUCAGCGUGGUCAUCUGGGCCAAGGAGCUGCUGGCCAGCAUCUACUUCCUCAUGCACAAGGAGGUGGUGGAGGACGGGAACCAGCACCGCGUCUGCUUCGAGCACUACCCGCUGGAGCCGUGGCAACGCGGCAUCAACUACUACCGCUUCCUGGUCGGCUUCCUCUUCCCCCUCUGCCUGCUGCUGGCCGCCUACCGGGGCAUCCUGCGGGCCGUGCACCGCAGCCACGGCACCCAGAAGAGCCGCAAGGACCAGAUCCAGCGGCUGGUGCUCAGCACCAUGGUCAUCUUCCUGGCCUGCUUCCUGCCCUACCACGUGCUGCUGCUCGUGCGCAGCCUUUGGGAGUCCAGCUGCCAGUUCGCCAGGGGCGUCUUCAACGCCUACCACUUCUCCCUGCUCCUCACCAGCUUCAACUGCGUGGCUGACCCCGUGCUGUACUGCUUCGUCAGUGAGACCACCCACCGGGACCUGGCCCGCCUCUGCGGGGCCUGCAGGGCCCUCCUCCCCUGCUCCAGGACCCGCGGGCCCCGGGAGGCCUCCCCUCUGGGCGCCCCCGAGGCCUCCACGGGGAAAAGCGAGGAGCCGGAGUUGUUGCGGAAGCUCCACUCGACCCUCCAGAGCCCUAGCUCCCUUGGAGGGGCGGGGUCCCCCGCGGCCGGGCUGGCCUAG